AUGCACUUCUCGUCUCAUCUAUGGCUGACGGCUACAGCUGGAGUACUCUCAGCUACUCAAUCAUCGGCCGAAUGCACGCGCGAAGGUCUUCUUGCAGCCGCAGACUCCUAUCUAGCGGCUCAGGUUGCGGGCUCUCCUAGCAGUCUCAGCCUCGCGCCCACGAACUUCACAUAUCUGCAAAACAACAAGGCUUCCAACAUUGCGACUGGUCUUCUCUCAACGUCCUUCGUCAUCGACCUCAACCGCUCAUCCACCGACAUCGAAGCAUGCGCCAGCUACACAAUGUGGAUCAGCGCUUCUGCGAACAAACCCUACGUAGUUAGCACCCAGAUCCGCCAUCUGAACAACGACACGUCGACCAUCAGCUCCAUCGAUACCGUAGCGGCCACAACCGGCGACCUAUUCUUCGACGCGAAGAAGACCCUUUCCUACAUCCGCGCCGAAUCGUGGUCUACCCUUCCCACCGCCUCGCGACCCUCACGUGCUCUCCUCAAGUCUGUCGGUGACGCCUACCUCGACAUGUGGACGAAUGCUACUGCUGCCGACACUAUACCCUGGGGUACUCAAUGUGAGAGGGUGGAGGGAAGCAUGUAUACCAACCCUUGUGGAGCGAGUCUUCCGCACGGAGGGAGUCAGAAAGCGAAUGGCAUGAGGCGAUACGUUAUCGAUGAGAGUAUCGGUAGUGUGCAGGUCAGUUGCCAGUUCGAUAGCUUAGGAGCUUGGCCGGACAGUCAUGAGAUAAGGGUUGAGGGUGGGACGGUGAGGUACGUGCAUACCGUCACUGUACUGAGGGGUGUCGGCGCUUGA